AUGUGGCGUUCAGUUUACCAAGCAAGGCUAAUACCACAGGUAUCUAGAGGUUUAGUGAGGUCUAGACCUGUUUCUUCAAGAUUAGGUCUUCCAACAUUAGCACGAUUUUACAACAAUGGUCCAACAUAUCGUAGAUUUAACAAUAGUUACGGUGGGUAUAAUGGAGGUUGGUCUAUAUCCAGGAUUCUUUUAAAUAGAACUUCUAGGAACUAUCUGACGUUUUUUUUGGGUGGUUCAGUUGUAUUUUAUGUUGCUAAUCUGGAAGAAGCACCGGUAACUGGAAGAAAGAGAUGCAUUUGGAUCCCCAGAUCAUUAGAGUUGAAGAUUGGUGAUUACUCAUACAAGUCAAUUAUGAGAGAGAGUGGUAGGUAUAUCUUACCCGAAUCACAUCCUUUGACAAAAAAAGUCGAAAAUGUAUUCUCUAGAAUUCUUGAAGCUGCCUAUAAGGAUCCAAGUGUCGAUAAAACACUACUAGAUGGUAUAAAUUGGCAGAUACAUGUGGUUAAUGAUCCAAAGGGCCCUCCAAAUGCAUUUGUUUUACCUGGAGGUAAAGUCUUUGUAUAUUCUUCAAUUUUACCAAUUUGUAAAAAUGACGACGGUUUGGCAACUGUCCUGUCUCAUGAAUUCUCACAUCAAUUGGCUAGACAUACAGCUGAAAAUCUAUCAAAAGCACCUAUCUAUUCGAUGAUCGGAAUAGUAAUGUAUACUAUUACAGGUGUAGAUGUGAUCAAUAAUUUAUUAUUGGACGGUUUAUUAAGAAUGCCUGCAUCAAGGCAAAUGGAAACGGAAGCCGAUUAUAUAGGUUUAAUGAUAAUGGCUAGAGCCUGCUUCAAUCCAGAUGAAUCGAUAAGAUUAUGGAAGAGGAUGUCAGAGUUUGAAAAGUCUCAUCAUCUUGGAGCUAAUGGUAUUCUAGAAUUUUUGUCUACACAUCCAGCAAGCGAUACAAGAAUCCAAAAUAUGCAUAAAUGGUUGGGUAAGGCAAAACAAAUUUAUGAAGAAUCUGAUUGUAGUUCUAUUAGAGGCUACUAUUCAGGUUUAAAAAACUCCAUAUUUGGUAAUGACAAACCAGAAUUUCAAAUAGUGAGAUUUUAA